AUGGCUGAGGUACUUGAAUAUGAAUUACACCCAGAUGGUGCGGAUAUACCUGAGCCUUACGCUAGUCCACCGAGAAAGGGAAGACCAAGCACUAGUAAAACCAUGAGAAGGAGAAAAAGUUCAUUUGAAUAUAGCCGAUCAUCUUCUCGUGGUCGAGGGUCUAGAUCUUCUUCCCGCGGGAGAUCAAGUGGCCGAGAGACGCAAUCUUCAGUAGGAAUUAAGUUCAGUUUCAACUUAUCCGAUGAUCCAGGAGGUCGUGAUUUCUCACAGUUUCCAUGGCCUGAUUACAUCCCAUUCAUGCUUCCUCCUUAUUUGUUCGACUGGAUUGAUGUGUUAGGUGAUGGUAACUGUGGAUUUAGAGCAAUUGCCGUCACAGAGCUGGGAGGCGAGGAAGCAUGGCCUAUUUUAAGACGUGCUAUGAGUAUGGAAAUGCAAAUGAACAGAGCGCAAUACCUAACUUUGUAUCUAUCUCAUGAGUCACUAGACGAGUCAAUAUUCAGAGUAGGUUCACACACCGAUGGACCUGCUCCUUUCAUGCACUGGUUCGAUGCACCGAUGGCUUUCUACUCUGCAGCAACGUUUCUUAACAUUGCCAUUGCUUUUUAUGGUUCUGCUAACGGUGAUUCAUUAAACAACUGUUUGAUUCUUCCUUUAAGAAAAUCACAGGCCGCGAGAAGUGUAAAUAAACUAAUACAUAUACUUUGGGUUAAUCGAAAUCAUUUUGUUCAACUUUUUAUGAACGACGAUUCAUCCCCUCUGCCGCCGAUCCACCCACGUUGGAAACAAGCAGCUGACAAUUUCGCGAAAGAUCUUGACACAAAUUUCACUACGAGGAUUAUGCUUGUGUGA